AUGAAAAAAAUUGCAUAUUGCAAGGUGGUCCUUGCCACCUCUUUGGUUUGGGUCCUUGUGGAUAUGUUUCUAUUGCUGUACUUCAGUGAAUGUAACAAAUGUGAUGAUAAAAAAGAACGAGGCCUGCCUGCUGGAGAUGUUCCAGAACCCAUACAAAAACCACAUGAAGGACCUGGAGAGAUGGGGAAGCCGGUAGUCAUUCCAAAAGAAGAGCAAGAAAAAAUGAAAGAAAUGUUUAAAAUCAAUCAAUUUAAUUUAAUGGCAAGUGAAAUGAUUGCACUCAACAGAUCUUUACCUGAUGUCAGGUUAGAAGGGUGUAAAACGAAGGUGUAUGCAGACACCCUUCCCACAACAAGCGUCGUCAUUGUUUUUCACAAUGAGGCUUGGAGCACACUUCUACGAACGGUUCAUAGUGUGAUAAACAGGUCACCACGGCACAUGCUGGAAGAAAUCGUCCUCGUUGAUGAUGCCAGUGAAAGAGACUUCUUGAAAAGACCACUGGAGAACUAUGUGAAAAAAUUGAAAGUACCUGUUCAUGUGAUUCGAAUGGAACAGCGUUCUGGAUUGAUUAGAGCCAGAUUAAAGGGAGCUGCUGCUUCUAAAGGCCAGGUCAUCACCUUCUUAGAUGCUCAUUGUGAAUGUACAGUAGGCUGGCUUGAACCGCUGCUGGCAAGGAUCAAAGCUGACAGGAGAACAGUGGUGUGUCCGAUCAUUGAUGUAAUUAGCGAUGACACCUUUGAAUAUAUGGCAGGCUCGGACAUGACUUAUGGUGGAUUCAACUGGAAGUUGAAUUUUCGCUGGUAUCCUGUUCCUCAGAGAGAGAUGGAUCGACGGAAAGGAGAUCGAACUCUUCCUGUUAGGACACCUACAAUGGCAGGAGGUCUUUUUUCAAUAGACAGAGAUUACUUUCAGGAAAUUGGAACAUAUGAUGCUGGAAUGGAUAUUUGGGGUGGAGAAAACUUGGAAAUUUCUUUCAGGAUCUGGCAGUGUGGUGGCACUUUGGAAAUUGUGACUUGUUCACAUGUUGGGCAUGUGUUCAGAAAAGCAACACCAUACACUUUUCCAGGAGGUACAGGACAGAUCAUCAACAAAAACAACAGGCGGCUUGCAGAAGUCUGGAUGGAUGAAUUUAAAAACUUCUUUUACAUCAUUUCCCCAGGAGUUACUAAGGUUGAUUAUGGGGACAUAUCCUCACGACUUGGACUAAGACGCAAGCUCCAGUGCAAACCUUUCUCCUGGUACCUGGAGAAUGUUUAUCCUGAUUCCCAAAUUCCACGCCAUUACUUUUCUCUGGGAGAGAUCAGAAAUGUGGAGACGAACCAAUGUCUGGAUAACAUGGCAAGAAAAGAAAAUGAAAAAGUUGGAAUCUUUAACUGCCAUGGAAUGGGUGGCAAUCAGGUCUUCUCAUAUACUGCCAACAAGGAAAUUCGAACAGAUGAUUUGUGUUUAGAUGUGUCCAAACUUAAUGGUCCAGUAACGAUGCUCAAGUGCCAUCAUCUAAAAGGAAAUCAGCUUUGGGAAUAUGAUCCAGUGAAAUUAACCCUGUUGCAUGUGAACAGUAACCAGUGCCUGGACAAAGCCACUGAAGAGGACAGCCAGGUACCGAGCAUCAGAGACUGCAGUGGCAGCCGCUCCCAGCAGUGGCUGCUUCGCAAUGUCACCCUUCCAGAAAUAUUCUGAGAGGUUCUAAAGAAAAGCAAGGAUUGACUGGGCUACCUCGGCUGAUACUUUGGCUACACUGUUAAGUAGCAACAGUAGAAAGUUCUGCUUGCGGAAUCCAGAGUUUGUCAGCUGUUAGAACUCCUGCAGCUUCUCAGUAGCUGUGAACCAGCCUUCCUGUAAAAGGAUGUGAAACUGCCACAAGUACUAGUGAAACUGUAUCCACUGAUGUUUACAAGAUCAAAAAAGUUUCUUCCAGCAAGUAAUUUAGAUAACAUUUGGACAGUAGGAACAUAAUCAAUGAAAUAGUCUCUCUGAAGAGCUGCAUCUGCAUAUCAUUGUCAUUUGCUUGCACAUCUGUUGUAAUGAAGAAGGUUCCAAGACUGUUUUUCUCCUACUUAGAAGUGGUGACUACUAGAUCCACGAGCAAAUGAAAGAGAGCUGGAAAACAGAUUCUGUAAUAUGGAAUAAUAGUUCUUUGGUUUAAAAAUAAAAUAAACAGGGUUUAAUGGAAAUUAAAUCAGAACUAUGAGAAGUACAAUUUGUUAUAGUGAAGUAUCAAAUUUAUAUGUAGAUUUAUACCUCAGUGGGGGAAAUAACUACAUC